AUGUCAACCAUCAUUACGCAAGUAAAAAGACUCAAGCAACACCAGCAUCGAGUUCAUAUACCAGAAACACUGCAUUUGAACCUGCGAGGCACUCGCAUUGAUAUAGACAGAAACACACUGCGCUCCAUGCCAGAGACAGUGCGAAGGGCUCUGUUUCCUCGGGGCCUUGUGAAGGAUACCAAAGAACACAAAUCAGAAUUUGAUCCCGUCAUGCUGGCUCACAUGUUGAAGUUUCUACGUACCGAAAAGACUAGAUUCCAAACAAGACACAGCCAGUUCAACGAAGAUGCUUAUUUGGCUCAUGCAGUUGUGUCAGGUAUUCCCCUGAACCCACUAUUAACAAAACAAGGCAUUGUGGUGUUGCUAGAGGAAUUGGUUUGCUUUGUGAUUUGUGAAAACUCGUCUUCAAUAAAGCAAAGGAGCUUAAAGUUGCUGUUAGAUCAAGACUCGAUAUUUGACACUAGCAAUGGUAACCACAGCCAACAAGACUCGCAUUGGCUGGAUCUGUUACGUUUAGCUGGAUUUGGGUUGGAAGACAAGUGGCAGGUGCGUUCACAGCAACCCAACAUGUCUUGUAUUCAUAGUCUCGCAUUGGCAAGCAUUGAUUAUGACGAUAGAUUGCGUAUUGGCCAGCGCACGAUGGUGUAUCAUAGUAGUCCCACUACACGCUGCUGGUGGAACAAAGCCAUUGUACCUGUUGGUAACGGUAAUGAAACAUGCAAGCUUUGGUGUCGUAGAACUUGGACCAUUGAAGUUGUGUUGGUAUAG